UAAUAUACAACUUCAAGUUGCAUAAUUUUAUAAGAUUUUUAUAUUUUAAAUAGAAACAUUAAUCAUGCUAACCAGUUUGCCCUUCUCUUGAGGUUAAAGCUAUAAGCAUUCACAAGUUAGAAAGUUGACAUAUAGAAGAAGUGAAUGAAGUCCACCUCCCGGACCUAAAGAACAUGCUAUAAAUAGAGCAUUUAUCAGAAUUAUUUAUAUAACAAACCCUCAACACCAUAAAAAUGGGAAGCAAUAGAAGUUUAUUUUUUAUCAUUUUGGCAACGAUUGUUGUUUUGGGUGCAAUUACUGAGGUGAAAGCUUAUACAUCCAAUUAUUGUGGGCCAUGGUCCCGUUGUCCAGGGAAAUAUAUCGAAUGCCCUUCUGAAUGCCCUGAAAGCCACUCUUACAUCCCUCGCGCUAGAGUUUGUCGCAUUGACUGUGAGGACCCUAAAUGUCAGUCUAUAUGCGUACGGAAAUAUACACCGGACUGUGGUGGCCCAGGAUCGGCAUGCGGCGACCCACGAUUCAUCGGAGGAGACAACAUCGUGUUCUACUUUCACGGCAAGGUCAACGAGCAUUUCAAUUUGGUCUCCGAUUCUAACCUCCAAAUCAACGGACGAUUCAUCGGACACCAACCCACCGGUAGAUCUAGGCCCUUCACCUGGAUCCAAGCCUUGGGUCUCCUCUUCAAUUCCCACAGUUUCUCCCUAGAAGCUAUUAAAUCCGCCACCUGGGACGGCGGAAUCGACCACCUGAAAUUCUCCUACGAUGGAGAAGAUGUUUCGUUAGCUCAUGGUGGUUUUUCGUCAUGGAAGUCGCCGGAGGGUGAAAUCGAAGUGGAGAGGACUUCUGCCGUGAACAGUGUGAUUGUUACCAUACCUGGAGUGGUGGAGAUUUUGGUGAAUGUGGUGCCCGUAACGGCGGAAGACGACAGAAUCCAUGGCUACAAAGUGCCUUCUGAUGACUGCUUUGCUCACUUGGAAGUUCAAUUUAAGUUUAGCAGACUUUCCGACGGAGUGGAAGGGGUGUUGGGUAGGACAUAUCAGCCGGAUUUCAAAAAUCCGGCGAAGCCAGGGGUGGCUAUGGCGGUUGUAGGAGGAGAGGACAAGUAUAGAACCACCUCUUUGUUGUCGUCCGAUUGCGCAGAGUGCAUCUACGAUUCGAGAAAUGAGAAGCAGAUGAUCAAGGAGCACGGAACAUUAGAUUGUUCUACCAAGGGAUUGUUCCAUGGAAAUGGAAUUGUUUGCAAGAAAUGAGGGGUGACGAUCUUCAAAGAAUUAUAAUGAUCAUAUAUUCUGGAGAUAAAUUCACUAUAAAAUGAUUAAUAAAUAAGAUAUAAUGUUUAAUAUCUCAAUGGAAAAAUGUAAUGCAAGGUUUCGUCUUAUUUGAACUGCUCAAAUUAUAUUUUAAUUUUAAUCAAGUAUAAAAGUUAAAUUUCUAUCGGAUGCAAUUUUUGGCU